AUGUCACUUGAGAUAUGCUCAUGUUACGAUAAAGUACGUAAAGUCACAAAUGCGAUCAAAGAGAAAAUGAUGGAUUACAACCCCUACAUUGGCGAACGUCAAGAUAGGCCUGUGUUUGUUCGAUUUAAUGAUGAUCCUAAAGAAAUUGUUGGGGGCAUGCGAGUCGUUGAAAUUGAUUCACCGAGGCCAACAUGGUUUAAAUCUAUCGUAAAAAAAAAAUAA